GAGGCAUGUUUCAAGUCACAACACCUUAUAGCGAAACAGUAAACACUCGCUUACAACGGUGAACGGUGUUCAAUAUUAACACGGGCUGUGGUGAAAAGGUGGGCGGAGAGGUUAUGACUUAAUUAGCCGCAAGUUGACACAUCCGGACAUAAUAUCAAUACAAUUUGUCAGUAUACCUGUUGCGGUGUCGGGACGUCAAUGGAGGCCGAGGUUGUUAUCAAACUGGACUUCCGCGACUGAAGGAUAACUUUCCAAGAAGGACUUACAGCCUCAUUGAUACGAACAGAUUACAGAUCAUCAUGAACGAUUCGUGGAGGAUGGACCUCGACAGACGAGUGUCGGCGAUCGAAAACCUUUCACCACAGAUUUUAGACCACCGGGUGGAUCAGCUACCCGGCCAGGCUUUGGACAACCUGGGGAUGAUGCUGUUUAACGAAGUCCGGGGGGUGGCUGGCAAUUGGGAGGGUGUGGCGGAGGAGCUGGGUAUCAGUACGGCAGCUGAAGUGGAGCAGAUCAGACGCCAUGCUCAAGUUAUUCAGGUAUUUCCAGGAUGCCGCAUGCUCCGAGAUUGGGGUAAAAGAAGUGGAAGUACAGUCUUCGUCCUUCUGAAUGCGCUGAGACGUCAGAAUAGAGAAGACUGUGUCGAUCUCGUUGUCAAAGCAUGUAAAGAUUUGCACUCCAUGCAGCUUAACGUCAAAAUUGAAGACGAAAGGGGACAGUUUAAAUACCUGUUGGUGACGACCAAGAAGGAUUCUACUUUGGCAGCGAGUCUCGAGAACGUUCUUCCCGGUCUUCCAAGCUAUGUGAUAACAGGCCCGACCCCCCAGAUCACCUGGCAAACACCUGCUUAUCAUCUCAAGGGAACACAGCUGUCAGUUAAGAAAGGGGAAAUAACUGACGAAUCUCACAGAAGCGUGUAUGGCAUAUUACAGGUAUCUUCUCAAAAGAACGACUGGCUGAAGGUGUAACAAGUAACCCAGGCUGUGGGUUCUACUUAGGAUGUCCUUCCACUUCCCAGACAACACCGCUUCCCUUCAAUAUACCUGUGGUAGAUGAAGCCUCCUCAUCGAACAACCUAUGUUCUGUGACUGCGCUCAAAGUCCGAACAAACGAAAGUUCUGAUCCUGCAGAAACUUAUGAAACGUACAACAAUCUCUCACAGUGGGAAUCUUCCGGAAGACCAUUGCCAUGCCAGGACUUGCCAAGCUCCUCAAACUCAAAUCCAGAUUUCUCAAGUUUUGAACUCCCUUGUGGUCCAUCACAUGUGGACCGUCAAACUUUGUUGAAGAAGCCAUCUUGCUCAGUGGUAGAGUCGUAUCCGACAUUAGGGUCACUUCCCUCGGGGACUUCACCAAAAGGAUACCUGUUUGAUCCUGGUCGUUUCAGAUCUGCAUCCUUUGAACAUGAUGACGACGAUACAACUUUUAUGAAACGAUGUGAGCCACAGAGAAAGUCAGAACCUAAGCCAAAAAAGCACUCCCCAAAAGUGUCCGACUACGUUCCCCAUACACAUCCAGUUCUCAGAUUUUCAAACCAGUCCACGCCAUUUCGCCAAGAAAACUCAAGUAGUAUGGCAUCAUCCUGGCCUCGUCUAAAGCCUUUGCCAUGUGUGAAAAAUGAAAUUUAUGUUAGUCAUGACAAAAUACCCCCUUCUUCCUCCUUGCCACAAAUGCCCGGGACAAAUGCCAAGCCCAUGCCGUGUGUUCUCCAGCAAAGAAAGGAUGGUUAUAUAGAUGUUGUGACUCAAGACAAAGGAGAACUCCAAGGCAUGCACGGGGCGAAUUCUCUUCCUGUGUUGAGGCAGACAAGUGAACCCUCUACUCUCCCUUCUGAAAGAGACAAUAAAGAAGAGAGGGAGAGACCAAAGUCAGUUCCAGACGAGUUUAAAAAACCUCCUGCUCAGUGUGUUGUUUCAAAGGACAGUCAUGGCUAUGCAACAUUUGCAUCGCAGAGUUCGCUGAUGGAUGUCGAUGUUGAAGGUCGCAGUAGAUCGAGUAGUGGUGCAUCAGCUUUUACUGUUAUAGAAACUGAUGCUGACGGAUACCUGAGUUACAAAGAAAAUAUUGAGUCCAUGGCAUCUACCGCUGAAAGUGCAAUGGAGGGUGAGCCUAUUGAGAGUUCAAUGGAAAGUGAUGAUGACAGACACUUGACUGUGCCUUUAGUGAUUCAACAAAACAGUAACGGCUAUUUUGGAUUCUCAGCUUCCCCAAGUGUCAACUCGCCGCAAGGGUUACCUGAGGUGCAACAAAUUGAGUAUAUGGCCAUGAGUCGGUCAGAGAGCAUGCCCGCAGCAAUGCCAUCACAAAUGAAUUCAGAAGGACUCGUGUACGCUCGGUUCGGCGAGGAAGAUGAGGAACAGGAUGCAUCCUACUUUGACAUGAAGCACAUGACACCUUUUGUACCCAAAAAGCAACAAGUGAACCGACACUGGAGUGCUAAUGAUAUGGAAUACCUAGAUUGUGUGGCUGGGUCCUCUCAGUAUACUUACAUUGAUGCCAUCCCCCAGAACCAGCCUCGGUCCCUCCCACCCAAACCUUCUCCACCAAUACCAAUGAAGAGACUGAGAACGUUCCAUGACAGACCUAUUGUCAGGGAUUCAUGUGAUCUGGAUACAGUGCCGGGAUGGUGCCCACAAGAAACGGAGGACUCGAUUAGUACAACCAUGAGACGUUACCAACACGAAGAUGGCAAUUUCAUUGUUUGGUGGAUUGGGCGCAAAAGACAAUAUGUCAUCACAGUUAGUCAUCUCAAUGCACUCCGUAACUAUCUCGUGUUCGAGCGUCAACAUGGCACCCGGGUUCGUCUGUACAUCUUUCCUGGUGGCAGAGAUUUUGACAACCUCAAGGAAUUAGUGGAACAUUACAUGAGAGAAGGACUGAAAGGGCCGGAUGUCAACCCAAAUGAACGCAGCAGAGGCAAGAGGUGGCAACAGUUCUCCCACGUGAAACUAAGAAAACCUUUGAGAGUCAAAUAUUCACACACGGUGAGGAAGAAGUCGUCAUGAAAUAUUUGGAGGAAUUUCUGGAAUCAUUUUCUGAGGAUCCUCCUUGGUCAUUACAUGUCUCUGAGACCCCAUCGUUCUUGAGAACAAAUGUCCAUUUACACAAUUCAUAUCACUGCACCAUGAAGAGUGUCCAGUUAUCGCCUGCACUCAGCUUCACGUCAAACAGGAGUCGCAAGGUUGACGUUUGGAAAGAAGAAGAAAAACCUUCCUCGUUGUGUGAGCUGGUGUAUUGCCUUGAACAAGAGCAGGCGACUAAUCCGGGUUCCAGGUCAAGUUAUGUUUGGCCAUAAGAAUGGCCAGUUGUGGAAGACGAGUACAUCAAAGAUGUAUUUGUUUCGUUGAGUUAGUUGAGUUUUUGACAUGUCUUAAAUACGUGUAGAACUGUGACUGCUUUGGCAAGUACCACGUAGUGGUAUAGUUGGUGGAAGUACGACCAGUGUGAGUGUUAUCUGGAUUUUGUUUACCCGGUUGUUGUGCCUUUACAGAAGAUUUAAUCACAGAUUACGAGUGACAGCGCUGAAAGAAUUGUUCGAUCUGACUCGAGACAGUUGUGUGUUGUAUUCACAUGCAUUCACAAUUUCACAUACGCAUAAUAUGCAUGUUUUCCAGGAACACCAUGACAAUACCUUUGAUGUACGAGUAUAGUCAAACUUGUUGUUUAUAUAUGUAUAGUUUUUAACCUCGAAAGGACACGGGUGACCCAGUUGCCUAUUGUCAAUUAGUUGUGCUUAGUUGCGUCCCUUAGGCCUAACAGGAUUAUGUGAUCUAGGAUGAGUGAGUGCGUGUGCUUUUACGCCGCUUUUAGCAAUAUUCCAGCAAUAUCACUGCGGGGAACACCAGAAAUGUGCUUCACACAUUGUACCCACGUGGGGAAUCGAUCCUCGGUAUAACAAGUAAACGCUUUAACCACUAGGUUAAUGCAACGCCCAUCCGGACUUGUUUGAGUGAGAUGAGCCCACGACGUCUUAAGCCUGUACGAUUCAUUAUCAAUGCUUCAGAAAAGCUCAGUCCGACUUAUGUCAUUGUUAGCAUUCACAUCGACAGCUUCAAAGUAUGACAACCUUUUGUUAUUGUCAUCCUUCCAUGGCGUGCCUUCAAAUUGUGAUUACCAACGGAGCAAUUAAUCCUCCCUCAAAUGUAUAUUUGGGAAUAAUACAACAAGCCGUCCAAUGUUGUUGAUAUGACAUACGCAAUGCAACCUUCUUUCAUAUGUGAUUAUAUGUGCUUUAUACAUGAAUAAACACGGAAUGCGGAA